AUGAAAAGUAAAGAUAUACAAAAAGUUGUAAAAAUAAAAUAUGAAAAUGGUGAUGGUCCGAGCAAAAUCUAUCGUGAUUUAGCCGGAGCUGUUUCGUUACCCACGAUUAAAUUAUGGAUAAAAAUGAUCAACCCUACUGGUUCUAUCACGCUGUCGUCUCCUCCAGGCUGUCCACGCACGGUUCGUACAAAAGCCGCUAUUAUGAAGGUUAAAAGCCGUCUAAAUAAAAAGAAACGAGUGUCUACACGAAAAUUAGCUAAUGAUAUUAAUAUUUCUAGAACAAGUAUACGGCGUAUACUUCGUGAAGAUCUUGGCUUCAUAUUGGAAAAUGGAACGAUGGAUGCCGAGGUUUACAUCAAUGAAGUUCUUCCAAUAGCUCUGGAAUGUGGUGACAAGAUGUUAGGGGACGAUUGCACUUAUCAACAAGAUGGUGCUAGACCUCAUACACAUAAUCUUACUCAAGAAUGGUGUGCCAUGCAUUUCCCUGAUUUUAUCCCCGAGACGCGUUGGCCACCCAAUUCACCUGAUUUAUGCCCUUUGGAUUACAGUUUAUGA